CCUCCAACCGUUAAUUCGUUCAGAUCGUCGCGAGUGCAAGUGAUCUUUCGCAGUGCAAGGCGAACAAAAUGUGACUGAGCUUUUUGAACAUUCAAAGCACAUCAGAGGCUAUAGAAUUUGUUUACUUAGUACGUGAAACUAGACGAAAAGUGCUUAAUUGUGUGUUAAAUGUGCAUCUGGAAACAGACAGGUGUUUAUAGCAAAUGGAACUACCACCGAGUCAAGCGGAAAAUGCAAGAUGACGAUGAGAUUGUACGUGAAACUUCCGCGGCUAGUGAUAAUGAUUCAUCGACGGAGGCUGAAGAAAGUGAUAACGCUCUUAUCUAUGUACCUACGAAUCCACUGGAGUGGACCAGCGAUCACAUCGCUUCCUGGGUACAGUGGGUGUCGAAAAAGUUCAAAAUUUUCCCCAGCUUGGAACCGGUGAGAUUUCCCAACAAUGGUGUCGAGUUAGGAAAGUUUACCAAAGCAGAUUUCUGGGUUUGCGCCGGUAGCAAAGCCGGCGGUGAUACACUCUCCAAGCAUUUUGCCCAUCUUCUACAGAUUGGAACCGGAAUCGAAGAUAAACUGCUGGGAAAUGAUGUUGAUCCAGAACCCUAUCAACUGUUGAACGCUGCAUCUCAUCGAUUAAUUGCACAAGGUGGGCAGAUCCAACUGUGGCAGUUUUUGCUCGAACUGCUCGCUGAUUCGUCGAACGAGCGCUUCAUCCAUUGGGAGGGAACGAAUGGCGAGUUCAAGCUAACCGACCCGGAUGAGGUGGCACGGCGGUGGGGUGAACGGAAGGCGAAACCAAACAUGAACUACGACAAACUGAGUCGGGCUUUGAGGUACUACUACGAUAAAAACAUUAUGACCAAAGUCCAUGGCAAACGGUACGCAUAUAAAUUUGACUUUCAUGGACUGAUGAUCGCGUGCCAAGCUCAAGCACAGCUCGCCGAUCCGAGCACGAGUGGUAUGAUCUCACCCAACUACAGCAGAUACUCGUCCCCGGUGGAAUCGUACGGCGGAAGCCCAGCAUCAAAUCCAACCGAAGGUAGCCCUCGGAGCUUUGGAAUUGCUCCGAGUCCUGAAUCUCUUUCGACUGCCUCUUCGUCCUCGCCAACCUCGCUUGCCCCCAGCGGUGGUGCUGGUGCCAAUAGAUCCGGUAUGGUCCCCUAUUGGCCGUCUUAUCCUUCAUACUCGGCACCGUCAAGUUCUCAAACAACACAAGCUCCCGCACCUGCGACUACAAUUGUUCCUGCUACCUCCUCCAAUGUGACGCUAACUACAUCGGCAUCAACGUCCUUUAGAUCGUACGAUCGUUGAAUACUGGUCAACAU